AUGGCUAAAGAGGCGCUAAUGAUAGCUGUUGAUAACAGUGAUUUUAUGCGUAAUGGGGAUUUUGCUCCAACUCGUUUGCAAGCUCAGCACGAUGCAGUCAACUUUCUCUGUCACGUCAAACGGAACGCUAACCCAGAGAAUACUGUUGGAUUAAUAUCUCUUACCAAUACUGAAGUUUUAUGCACUCUUACUAGUGACGUGAAUAAGUUGAUCAAUAGACUUCAUGCAGUCCAACUCAAAGGGGAUAUAAGAUUUUGUACUUCUAUAAAGAUUGCCCAUCUGGCACUUCGUCAUCGCCAAUUUCGUCAACAGAAAAUGCGAAUUAUUUGCUUUAUCGGUAGUCCCAUAAAAGAUGAUGAAGCUGAUAUGGUUAAAUUAGCAAGACGUCUUAAGAAGGAAAAAGUUAGCGUCGAUAUUGUUAAUUUCGGAGAGGAUGAAGUGAAUCAAAAGAAGCUCCUCGAUUUUGUUGAGGCGGUGAACGGAAAGGAUGGUACUGGAUCUCAUUUGGUCUCUGUUCCACCUGGGACUGGUUUACGUGAAUCCCUUCACAGCAGUCCAAUAGUCGGUGGGGAGGAUGGCGCUGGCGCAAUUGGUCUUUCUGGUUUCGAUGCUGAAUUCGGAAUGGAUGCCAUAGAUGAUCCUGAUCUUCUCUAUGCACUUCGGGUUUCUAUGGAAGAGCAUCACCAAGCUCAAGAGCGUCAAGCAACUGCGGAAUCGUCUACUCAACCUUCCACCGUUCUACCCCAAGCUGCAGGUACAUCUGAAGAAGAUCUUCUACGACAAGCUCUUGCUCUCUCGGUGCAGGAUGUCGGUGGACCUAGUGAAAACACAAUUGAAUCUAAUGAAGUAGAUGUUGCCAAUAUGACAGAGGACCAACAAAUUGCUUAUGCCAUUCAUAUGUCCAUGCAGACCCAUAAAUCCGAGGUUGCGCCGGCUGUGAAGCCCGAACCUGAGACUGUUGAGUCAUUUGCUUUACUUAUCAAACCACUGAAAUUUCUUCAACAGAAGGACAAUGGUGGUGUUCAAUCAAUGGAGGUUGAUGACGUUCCACCUGCUUCAACUUCAGUUCAGCACGAACAAACUCCUAAAUCCUCGUCGGUGGAAUGUGAUCCCGAAUUCCUCCAAUCGGUUCUACAGUAUCUUCCAGGUGUAGACCCUCAGAAUGAAGAAGUACGUCAGGCGAUUGAAUCUCUCACCAGUGGUAGUGGGUCGAAGGACAAACAAGAAGAAGAGAAGAAAAUGGAUGAUGAUGAAAUCGACAAAUAG